AUAGUCGUAAAUCCAAGGCGGCAAGAUAUGAAAUGCUCUGCGCUGGAUUUAGUUUUGGCAGGUUGUGAUUACGGGAAAAGAGUGCUCAUGAUCGAUAUGGAUGGCUCUGAAAUUGCCAUAGACUUGUUGAAUGAAUGCAUUAGGACCGGACUUCAAGCUGUGUCUCAAAUAAUUCAUGCCAUUACUGAGUUGAGGACUUUAUCGGGCCGGUCGAAAAGACAGGCAUUUUGCGGCGAACAACUUUAUGGUAUUUUGAUGGAUGCAAGGCACGAUAAACUUUCUCGCGAUCGAGCCAUUUCGGAAAUUGAUGAACAAGUGCUUGAGCAUUUCAAGGAAAAAGUCUCUCCAAAUAAGCUUCGUCACAUUUUCAACAAUCUCCUUAAAAAGUCCUUGAGGAAAGUGCUAUUCAAGAACAAUGUUCGAUGCGAUGGACGAAAGUUCGACGAAUUCCGUCCAGUGGCUAUUAAAGUGGAUGUUCAUAGAAAUUUACAUGGAUCAGCGUUGUUCCAGCGCGGGCAGACGCAGGUUGUUUUUUCUUGUCUGAUUUAA